ACAAGAUCUUCACAGAUGAACCUGUAGUGGUGCAGACAUCACACCUAAUUUCCAAGGAUCCUUACUAAGCCAUCUGUUGUCUUCUCUGUGACACACCAAGUGACAGGAGGGACUCGUAGUAAUUCUUCUUUUGGAAUUAACACAUUGUACUGGUGUAAAAAUCGAAUCAUCGUCGGACUACAGUAGUUUGAAAGAAUGACAGAUCUUCUGGUUCCCGAGCUGGAGAUCGAUGUGGAGAGCUUGGAACCAGAGAGCGACGACCAGGCAGAGUUUGGUGCAGGGCUAUCUGGCACUGGAGACGAGGAUUCAGUCAGCAAGGAACAAGACAUAGUGGGUCAGCAGCUUCAAGGAGUGGCCGAUCAGAGGAAACUGAGCCGAACUCCGAAGUGCGCCCGCUGCCGUAAUCACGGCGUGGUCUCGUGUCUGAAGGGGCACAAGCGCUUCUGCCGCUGGCGCGACUGUCAGUGUGCCAACUGUCUGCUCGUCGUCGAACGGCAGCGCGUCAUGGCAGCGCAGGUGGCACUCCGCAGGCAGCAGGCGACCGAGGAUAAAAAAGGCAUUUCAGCAAAACAGAUCUCUUCGGAGCGCAGAGCAGUUUAUCAAAGGCACCUCCGGCCUUCCAGCAUGCUGGCAAAGAGUAUUUUGGAAGGUUACAGGCCAGUGCAGACAGACCCCUUCUUAGGAGGAAAUGCAGUGCUUCCUCCGCCUUUAAGUGACAGAAUGAGGAAACGUCGGGCUUUUGCUGACAAAGAGCUGGAGACCAUCAUGUUGGAGAGAGAAUACAAGGAACGUGAGAUACUGGACUCCAGUCAGACUGCCACAGCUUCAAUGUUCAUGCCAAGCAGUAUGAUGCAUGCGGCUGAGUACAACUCCUACAAGACUGCUUUUUCAACCGGUCAAGCUGAAGCUCCAGCCAAAGAAAUGUACAACUUACUGCCAGCUUGUCUUGACCUUUCCAUGCAGUAUACUGGCGCAGGCAACGUGGAGUUGAUUUCUUCCAAUGUCAGUGUGGCAACAACAUAUCGCCAGUACCCAUUGUCUCCCCGUUUCAUGUUAUGGCCAAAAUGCAGUAACAUCAGCGAUGCACUCCUCUACCAGCAGUGUCUCCUGAAUGCAGCCACAGUGCCAAACAUGAAACCAGGAGCUGUCUGGGAUUGCAAGGUAAUGCAGGUGCCAGAAAGUAAUUCACCAGAACAGGACUUACUGUCAGGCAAAUUGGACGGCUCCCCACACAUAGUUUCUGACAUCCAUAAUCUUCCACGGGCACCACCUGAAACUCAAUGCACUUCUCAGGGAAUACAGGAGAAAUCUGCAUUCUCUCCGCCAAAGAGGAGCUUUGUGCAGGCAUUCAACAGUAGUUCCUCUUCUCCUAAUCAGGAGCAUGCCUUAAGCAAACUCAGCAAAGACAGUGCCAAGCAUGCCAUUUCCAUGAAGCUAAACUCGUUCCACUCACUGAUUCAGCAAACACUCAGUGAAAAAUCCGCCCCUGAACUGAAAGCACCAUAUUGCAAAGAACUGAUAGAGGAGGCGGCCAGGAAAUACAUGGAGUGUACAAUUAAAGAAAAUCCGAGCAUCAAGUGGAUGGACAAAUAUACUAAAGAACUUUUGAUGUCAAAGCAAGUUGGGACAAAACUUUCCUCCAACGAGUCUUUAUCCUUUUCUGUAGAAUCAAUCCUGAAAAGGCCUUCUCCAACCUUAAACCGGGCAUCUCAGUAAACUCAGGGUUUGAGUUUCUGGAUGUUUUUCCUGGCCUUUUCACUUUAAUCCAUGACUGAUCCCCCACUACUUUCCAUUCCAAAUCCCUGUCACAUUAGUCUUUCUAAAAAUGCCCUAACAAACGUGACUUUACACUAAGGGGAGAUAUGAAUAUACCUGUAUACUUGAAAUGUACUAGUGACUUGUUGCCUAAAAAUAUUUUUGAAAUGUAUAAAGAUCUACUGUGUAAAUAUUUAUAUUGUGUAAAUACUUGUGCAUGAUUUGCUUAACAUUUUGACAAUGAAAAUAUUUAAUUUUGUAAUGAAUCUAAUGCUUUACGUGUGUACAUUUUUAAUGUCCUGCACAAUAAUGAAAAUACCAGCUCAAUAAAAAUAACUCAUU